UAAUUGCUAUAUCCAUGAAGAGUAUCUGGAGAAUGGUAAUUCCAAGCAUUAUCAGCAAGUCAAAGGAAAAGUCUUGGAUACCAGAAAUAAUUCGACUCAAAUCUAAAAAUAAGAAAAUGGAUCGAGUAAAUGGCAAAAAGAUGAUAUUAACUGUGUUCCUGAGCAACAAUGAACAAAUUUUAACCGAAGUUCCAAUAACACCAGAAACAACUUGCCGAGAUGUUGUGGAGUUUUGCAAAGAACCUGGAGAAGGAAAUUGUCAUCUGGCUGAGGUGUGGCGAGGAAAUGAACGACCUAUACCCUUUGAUCAUAUGAUGUAUGAACAUCUACAGAAGUGGGGACCCCGCAGGGAAGAAGUGAAGUUUUUCCUUCGGCAUGAGGACUCUCCAGCUGAGAGUAACGAACAAGCUGGCCGACUGCCCCAAGAUCAAAGAAAUCAAAGAAAUGGAAUAAGUGCACCCAUAGAAAAGUGCACUGAAAAUGGGGUUGGAAAUCCUCGGGUGGAACUCACACUCUCAGAACUCCAAGAUAUGGCUGCCAGACAACAGCAGCAAAUUGAAAAUCAGCAGCAAAUGUUGGUUGCCAAGGAGCAAAGACUACACUUCCUGAAGCAGCAAGAGCGCCGGCAGCAGCAGUCUCUUUCUGAAAACGAAAAGCUUCAAAAACUCAAGGAGAGAGUAGAGGCCCAAGAGAAUAAGCUGAAGAAGAUCCGUGCCAUGAGAGGACAGGUGGACUACAGCAAAAUUAUGAAUGGCAAUCUGUCUGCUGAAAUAGAGAGGUUCAGUGCCAUGUUCCAGGAAAAGAAGCAAGAGGUGCAGACUGCAAUUUUACGAGUAGAUCAGCUCAGUCAACAGCUGGAGGACUUAAAAAAGGGGAAGCUGAAUGGUUUCCAGCCGUACAGUGGAAAGCUGACGGGCCCCGCAGCGGUCGAAUUAAAAAGACUGUACCAAGAAUUGCAGAUACGUAACCAGCUUAACCAGGAACAGAAUUCUAAGCUCCAGCAACAGAAGGAACUCUUAAAUAAGCGCAACAUGGAGGUGGCAAUGAUGGACAAGCGGAUCAAUGAGCUUCGUGAGCGACUAUAUGGGAAAAAAAUUCAGGCACGUCAAAAAGAAAACAUUCCUCUAAAUCGCGUUAAUGGAACAUCAUCACCACAGUCAUCCUUGAGUGCAUCUGGUAGAGUAGCCGCCGUGGGGCCUUACAUCCAAGUGCCUAGUGCUGGCAACUAUUCACUACCCGUCGACCCUGAAAAGCCACAGUCUCUCACUGUUGGUUCCAGCGCAACUCACGGAAGAUCCAAAUCCGAUGAUCAGAGUAGACACAAGGUGACUAAGUCAUGGACAGUGUCAGAUCUUGAUGUCGGACCUCCCAACAGCUCUUCACAGCAUUCUGCACGCUCUGCAGUGCACUUUUUAAACUCUAAUGAUGGAACCUGGCCCACGUUAAAACAGAACUCUAGCACCUCAAUGAAAGCGGCUCAGAUUUCUAGUGAUGACUGGAAGGAACCCGGCAUGGAUGGGGCUUUAAAACAAGGAACUAUUUCCAGUCAGCCGUUGCCUUCAUCCGCCUUAGGCACUUCUGAAAAGCUGGGCCUCGAUGUCGGAAAGGGGCCCCCAACCGUCCUCGGGUUAGGCAAGCAGCUGCCCCAGAAUUACGGGACCUACCCGAGCCCUGGGCCUCUGGGGCCAGGGUCUACAAACUCCCUAGAAAGGAGGAAAGACGGCAGCCUGCCUCGAUCCGGAGCCAGCGGGACCGGGCGGCAGAAGCCAGCGCCCCUGACGCCGGCGAGUAACGUGCACCAACCCAGCUCCUCCCAACAGAUCCAGCAGAGGAUUUCCGUCCCACCGAGCCCCACGUACCAGCCGUCCAGCUCUCCGUUGUUCCCGGCUGGAGACGGCAGGCCUGAACUCCCCUUAACCGUGGCCAUUCGGCCCUUCCUGGCUGACAAGGGAUCCAGGCCUCAGUCCCCCAGGAAAGGACCUCAGACUGUGAACUCGAGCUCCAUUUACUCCAUGUAUCUUCAGCAGGCAACGCCGCCCAAGAAUUACCAGCAAGCAGCCUACGGUACCCUAAACAAAUCCGUAAAAGCAGUAUAUGGCAAGCCCGUCCUCCCGUCGGGUUCCACCUCUCCGUCGCCCUUACCGUUCCUGUACGGCUCUCUGCCCCCAAGCACGCCCCAGCCUCCGCCUCCCGCCGACCUCCCCGAGAGAGACCAGGAGCAGGAGAGUCUACCCCCGCCGGGCGACAACAGCAACGUGGAGAACAUCCCCCGGCCCCUCAGCCCCACCAAACUCACGCCCAUCGUGCACUCCCCGCUCCGCUACCAAAGCGACGCAGAUCUGGAGGCCCUGCGGAGGAAACUGGCCAACGCCCCUCGCCCGCUGAAGAAGCGCAGCUCCAUCACGGAGCCGGAAGGCCCCAGCGGCCCCAACAUCCAGAAGCUGCUCUAUCAGCGCUUCAACACCCUGGCCGGGGGGAUGGAGGCGGCGCCUUUCUACCAGCCGGGCCCCUCGCAGGAUUUCAUGGGCACCUUAGCCGACGUGGAUAACGGGAACGCUAACUCCAAUGGCAAUGUCGAGGAGCCCGCCCCCGCCCCCCAGCCCGCCGCCCCUCUGCCCGAAGCCCCUCCCCCGUCGUCUGACGCCAACGACAACGAGUUGCCUUCCCCCGCCUCCGAGGAACCCAUCGGCUCGGAGACCACCAUCCCCAGCCCGGAGACGGCCGAAGACGACAACAACAAUCUGGCCAUCUACCCAUCUACCGAGCGGGCACCGAGCCCCCUAGCCGAGGCCGGCUCUCCUGUCCGAGAGGAAGUCCCUCCUCCCUCCACUCCCCCGGCCGUCCCUCCGGCUGUCCCGACGAUUAAACGUACCAACCUGAAGAAACCCAACUCGGAGCGAACGGGCCACAGCCUGCGAGUAAAGUUCAACCCAUUGGCGCUGCUGCUGGACGCGUCUCUGGAAGGGGAGUUCGACCUGGUGCAAAGGAUCAUCUACGAGGUGGAAGAUCCCAGCAAGCCCAACGACGAAGGAAUCACCCCCCUCCAUAAUGCGGUCUGUGCCGGCCACCAUCACAUCGUGAAGUUCCUGCUGGAUUUUGGCGUCAACGUGAAUGCCGCCGACAGCGAUGGGUGGACUCCUUUACACUGUGCAGCUUCGUGCAACAGUGUCCAUCUCUGUAAGCAACUGGUGGAGUCGGGGGCGGCCAUUUUUGCUUCAACCAUCAGUGACAUAGAAACGGCUGCAGACAAGUGUGAAGAGAUGGAGGAGGGAUACAUCCAGUGCUCCCAGUUCUUGUACGGUGUCCAGGAGAAGCUGGGGGUGAUGAACAAAGGAUUGGUGUAUGCCUUGUGGGAUUACGAAGCCCAGAACCAAGAUGAGCUGUCAUUCCACGAAGGCGACGCCAUCACCAUCCUGCGACGCAAAGAUGACAACGAAACCGAGUGGUGGUGGGCACGCCUUGGAGAGAAAGAAGGCUACGUGCCCAAGAAUCUCCUGGGGUUGUACCCAAGGAUCAAACCCAGGCAGCGAACCCUUGCUUGACUUCGGCACGGAGCAGUGCAAUACCUUGCCCAUUACUGGAAGCUUCCACAGCUACUGAAGAUGUUUAUUCUAGCCCAUUUCACCAGGCGAACUGAAACAGUAAAAAAAUUUUUUAAACAAACAAACGGUGCUCGCGUCAGCAGGCAGCGGGCAGAAUGUGAAAAAGCCGCGGCUUGUGAGUGAGGCCCUUUCUCGGAUUUGCCAGUAACCACGAGAGGUACUUACCGAUCCAAGAACACUGUAUCUGCCAAUUACUGUAAGUCCCAAAUCGAUGCCUCUAACCCAGCCCCCAACCCCCGUGUCUAUGGCAGGCAUCUUUUGCUAUUCACCACUCCCCCCGUCACCCCUUCGCCAACUGCUGUAUGUCAAAGAACCCCGCUCCGGCUCUGUAUUUACCAAAGGAUUCCCUGUGUGGAAGCUUCUCGUGUUCAACGUUAUUACAAAGCGCAGAGGUGCUGUCUGUUCUUUUUAGUCUCCCCAGUGACUGCCCUGAGGUGCCAAGACUUGGGCUAGUCGAUUUGAGCACUCGAGGGCUGGUAAGGGAGCGGGGGCCGGCCGAGGGAUGGUUGGAGGCCUGUCGGCGGCAAGGUAUUAAAAGUGAAAGCAAGCGCGGAACUUGCUUGGAAAGCCUAGAACGAGUUAGUUCCAGCCUCCCCCCAACUCACCCUAUCUCACUCAACUUCGACAGACGUACACUUGACGAUUUUCACCCCGCUGCAGUCUGCGUUGGUUUUACACUGGCGGAAGAGUCAGGAACACUGGAGUCAGCCGAGGUUUAAGCAUGUCUGGACGUAAGCAAGUGCAAUAGUCGAGGAAGGCGAGAGGAGCGCGGGUCGGGUGGCGACAGCCUGAUCACAGGAACGGUGGAGAAAGCGUUCCUUUUAGCGGGAGCGACGAGAGGGAAAAAUCAAGAGGGUUCUAGGUGAGGGAGGGAAGGAUCGUGAAUGGGGCAGGAGGAAAGUUGCUGUGGCUCCUGAAGCCCUAUGCGUAAUGUCAGGGCCAGUUAGUUUAUGCAAUAACCUUUUCCACUACAUUGUAGUUAAGAGCAAAAAAAAAAAAAAAAAAGAAAGAAAAAAAGCACUUCGCUGGAGUUUGUAUGUAUAUGCUUUUCUAUACCAAAAGUAUUUUUGAAUCCCCCCCCCCCGAUUAUCAGCUGUAGCCCUCUGUUGGAAAAGUUCGUUUCUCAUUCGAGUGUAGGCCGGUAUAAGUCUUGUGUAUAAUUUAUAUAUAUAUAUAUAUAUACAUAUAUAUAAUAUAAAAGAAAAAAAUCUCCAUUUAUGCCACGUUGUAACUGACCACAUUUUAGCAUUAACUGUAUAUAUUGUGGUGACGGAAAGUGAAAGGGUAUUGUUAAACACCUGCUACAUGAAUGUGAUAGAACUAUUUCUAAGAGCCCCCCCCCCCCCCCGAAUACUGCUAAUUGAGAAAAUAUGUAAAUGUGCACAAUAAACUACUGUUACCGCA